CCCCGCAUUUCGCUCCCCCUCCUCGCGCACCUCCCGCGGCUCUCCCGACUAACAGGACUGACAGGAAUCGGGCUCUCGCGCUCGCACCUGCCGCCGUUCCCUGGACCGUCCCUCCCGGAGUACGACGCACACAACCGCGAGCAGGGACAGGGCGCGGACCCGGGGUACGCGUAUGGCCGCGGACAGGAGCGGGUGUCGCUUGGCUCGGGGGUGGAGUAUUUGUAUGACCAAGAGCAUGCGGCGUACGCGUAUGCGCCGCGGGCUCCGACGAUGGAGUAUACGUACCGCGGGACGGCGUCGCAUGUGGGCUCUACGUCGGAGUGGGAGUCCCUCGCGAAGCGGGCUGCGACGCCGACGACGGUGCAUGUUCCUGAGGAGGACGACGUGUCGGGGGCGAAGCUCGUGCGGGGGUACUCCCCGCGGUAUCAGUCGUAUUCGCACUCGCCGCAGUAUGGCGUGCACUCGCCGUCGCCGCAGUACCCGGCGUACGAGCCGCGGUACCUCCCGGAGGAGCAGGCGACGCCGUCAGAGGCGGGCAGCAGCACGCCGUACGCCAGCGGGCGCAUGGGCAGCGUGGGAAUCGGGAGCAGCGCCGGGGGUGGCGGGGGAGACGGAGGCGACCGUGACUAUGGGCCCGCAUACCCCGGCUCGUACCCCGAGCCGCUCGACACCGUGCGCGAGAGCGAUUUCGAGCCCGUAUACCCGGGCGACAGCGCGUAUCGCACUUCUGAAGCCGCAAGAUGCGUUUGUUGUGACGGUGCCAUGGAGGGAUGAUGGUGAGGAUGAUGGGCGGGGGUAUCGGGAGGGGCGGAGAGAGGGCUGGGGAAGGUCGGGUGGGUCGGGGUGACGACGACGACUCAGACGUCCGGGUCUGUCUGCGCGUUAUCUUCGCUUUCGCUCUUGCAUACAUACUCACGCAUCGUUUCUUGUUUGCUGUUCACUGCACCACCUCUGGCAUUCCGCGUUUGUACCUACGUGGGACUUACUACAACCCAACAUGCUAUUCAUAUACAGACCAUCCACUAGAUUUGAUGUGCACAUGUAUAUUUUGCAAGGUUCAUAUC